UUUUGCUCUAGCGGUCCGCCUAAAGUUUACCCUAGUAUAAAAGACAGCUAAACUACGCCUAAUCCAUUGAUAACGUGCAGCCAAGUUGAAAUCUGGUUUGGAUCAGUGAUUUGACGGAGCUGAAAUGGAGUGGCAUCUAGUAUCGGUGUUUUUUGUUGCAGCGUGUAUGUUUCAUUCUGUUAUUCUGAUCAAAGAUGCAGAGAUUGUCAAUAGCCGCGGCGUCGUGAUCCAGCGAGAGAAUGAUAAUCUGGAUAAAAAAGAACAGACUAGUCGCCAAGAAUCAAAUUCGACAAACUCUGCCACGAAGCGACACCAUCACCUCCAUAUUUUAAAAGAACGCGUGGAAACACUGGUCAAGCACGCAGAGGCCGCGCCCACCGACGGUGCCAGUGCUAACAUGGUGGAAUGUCUGGACUGCAGUACUGGUUGUUACCCACUCCUUGGAUCGUGCAGAGAAGGGUGCAAAGAAACGUGUUCCGCCUUGCGACUUGAGCCGUACUGCGUGUACAGAAGAGACCACAAAAUAUACCAGUGCCAGUGCACCACCAAGGCACAGUACAGACCAGGGCUGAUUAUCACCGAUGACUAUUAUGGUCUGGAUUGUUCAGAAGGCUGCCUGGAUGCAAAUAUGUACGAUCAACAACGAUGUCACCGCUACUGUUAUUUCCAGUGUCAGGGGCCAUGGUCUGGGUCGAGACCGUGCUACUUCGCAUACGAACAGAGCGUAUGGCAAUGCGAGUGUUGGUAUGACUGAAUCAACGUGUCCGGUUGGUGACGACGAGUAUUUCGAAAACAGGCUUUUCAGUUCAUUGACCGGUAACUGCAUUGCUAGAGUUUUCAUUAUUUUGAAGUUGUUUUCGGCUAAUAAUUAAACAAUAUCACUCUUUUGUAUUAUCAA